AUGGUCUCCGCCAAACUCUUCUCCAUUCUAGGACUGGCCAGCGCUGCCACCGCCUUCGCCGUCCCUGGGACCUCCUCAAACCCAGAGUUCCAGCCCUUCGUGGAUGAUCUCCUCGCCCAGAACCCCCGUCUCGACAUCUGGAAAUGGGUCCAGUCCGAUCUCGACCUGCUCAUUCCAGGCGUUCACUGCAAGCUCGGCGCACCAGCUAGCCAGACCAAGCGCCGCGUUACCAGCGAAGACAUUCAAGCGAUUGAGGACAGCGUCUCCCACCUCUUCCCAGAAAUUGAGUGUGAGGGCACUAUCGACUGGGACGGCCUCCAAAACUCCACGCUUGACCUCGAGACUCGCGACGCAACUCCCUUCGGAUCACUUUUUGCUCGGCAGGCCAAGUCUCAUGCCGACAUCUCCACUCAUGAGAAGAACCAGGUCGCACAGGCUAAGGCCUCGGAGUCGAAGACUGUGACUGAUUGUGCUUCGGCUACUCGACCAGUUAACAAUGGCAUGCAGGAGACUGCAGAAUUUGCGCUGCCGGCUUCGCGGUCGCUUGUGUAG